AUGCAGCCAGAUGCCUCCGCAGUCCCUGGGCAAGGGGAAAGUGCCGAUAGUCUUAGCCAUAGACCGGCCAACAGCAUCGGUGUCGGUGUCGGUGACAGCACUGGCCAUCGCGGCGAAUCCUCCCCUGCCUCCGUAUCCUCCGCAUCUUUGACAUGCCCCGAGUGCGGGCAGACAUUCCGUCGGCGCGAGCACCUCAUCCGACAUCUGGACCGCCACUCCGGACGUCGCUCUUACACAUGCGAUGUCUGCAAGACGGCCUUUUCUCGGAGCAAGGGUCGUCGCUGUGUAUACCAACCCAAACUCGGCGAUGAAGUGGCUGAGACAAUUACCGUUGCACAGUCUGCAGCCGAAGAUGUUAUAUCCGCUACUCACUCCUCGCCUUCACAGCAAGUGCAGCCACUGACACCCCUUUCGUCUGUUCCGCUCCAACCCUGGAUCGAGCCAGAGCUUUCAUGGGAUACCAUUUUGACGUCUGCGCAAUUCCUGCUGCCCUUUUCGCCUGUGCCCUGCCUUGAAUCUGGGGCAUUAGCCUACUUCUGCUUUGGAGACGCUGCCUUUGCCACCACUGGUGAGCCUGUGGACGACCUUGGUGUGCCGAAUAGUUUCAGUGCACAAGUGCCACAGAGAGAGGCAGUGAAGGAUAUCCAAAAUCUUAUUGGACCCGACAAUCUGACAGCGGAAGAAGAAGACAUCCUGAUCGCGGAGAACAUUCCACACGUACCUCCCGUGACUGAAGAGACACGACUAUACAUGAUCCAAGCCGUCAAGGCCAGGCUACCACACCAAGAUGCCCAAGCGCUUGACGCAAAGUUCCCCUCUUUACGACAUCUCGAUACAUAUAUGCAGCUGUAUUUUGAACACCUUCAUCCGCGCGUGCCUCUGCUGCAUGUUCCGACAUUCCAUACAUCUCCCGAGACAUGGCAGCUAGUCCUCGCUGUGAUUUGCCUUGGCAGUCGGUACUCCCAAGCACACCACCAUCACGAUCGCGUUCUGCUCCUGCAGCAAGUUGCCCAGCAUAUGGUGAAGGUAGAUGUAAGAACGACCUUCAAGCUCAUUUAG